UACCGCGUACAGAAAAAUACAAAUUAGAUAAACGAUUAACUGGAAAAAGCUGUGCUUAUCAACUACAAAAUUAUCAUCUAGCAAAGUGCCAAUUAGGCAAUAUCAGCAGUUUAGUUUUGGUCGAGUGAUAAAAUGGACACGGCGGACACAAUAGUAGCGGGAAAAUCAUCGAUCCAGGACACGGCCAUUCAAUGCGAACUACUGCUCCCACAAGGGCACCGCCAGAGGACCUACGUAUUUGACAUAGCAGACAUUCGCCUGAGACGCCGUCUAGUGGGCCGCUUCUAUGGAUUGCUAGUCCUUCAGGUGGCGUGCACCCUGCCCUGCCUGAGGGUGAUGUUGGCCUACCCACCGCCCUAUCCCGGAGCGGUUGUUUCGUUUUCCUAUCUGAUGACCCUCUUCCUCUACACGUGCUUUUAUAUGUGGCGCGAUUGGCGGCGACCGGCACCCUACAGCUACCUCGUCCUGCUCCUCAGCACGGCGACCAGCUCGCUGAACCGCAGUUUCUAUCUGAUGUACUUGGCCACGUCGCAUUGGAUCUAUGCGUACCCCAUCAUCCUAAUGGCGGAGCUACUGGCGCUGAUGCUCUACUCGGCACAGGAUCGCUACAGAUUUACCCAGGCUCGAGGAAUUCUCAUAAUAUUCCUCGUCUUUUCCAUGUUUUCCCUGAUGGCCUAUAGGCUGGACCUGCUCUUGCAAAUAGUCUACAGCAUGGCCUGCACAUUCGAGGCCUGGUAUGUGAUCUACGACACCCACUUGAUGCUCUGCGGACAACAUGGUUACAAGAUUGGAGCCGAGGAAUAUGUCUAUGCCGCCGGCAGCAUCCACUGCGAUAUCCCCAGGUGCUUCUGGCGGCUGCUGAAAAUGAUGAUCCUAAGCAAGUUCGUCGAGGCUUUUCGCUGGAUACAGGGCUGCUUCAUCACUGAGGUUUGUUGACCUGGCACCAGGACCCAGGCACCACAUGGCACGGGAAUCUAUGUUACCUUAAAAUUAAAUUUCGGCAUUCACAAUUUGGAAUAAAGCCCAGCCUUUCUGUUCUCGAACCAUGGGCAUAAUUUCCCCGGUAGACAUCAGUAGACAACUUCCUGGAGCAACCGCUUCCCUCAACCGCAAAAAAGCGCACAUAUCUCAAGAUAAUGUAAGGUUGAUCAAGGUGGAUAAAACCCCUGGCGGGUAUAGAAAUUUUGUAGAAAAGAAAUCUAUAGGGAACUUCCUUCAAAUCCUUUGACCUGCUCGUUUCAGCAGGGUCAUAGAAGCCCGCGAGUGGGCCCACCGUCCUUUCCAUUUGAAUAUAAUUCCCACAGAGCUGCGGCCAGCCAAAGGAGAGGUUUAAGCGCAGGUCCCCAAAGAGAAGGAAAUCCAGAGAGUCAUAGAUUCGCAAAACCAAGGAAAUCCCAAUGGCACAGCUACCGUGUACCUGUGACUCAAAAAUGCUGGACCAACAGAAACAAUAAUAUAGAAAUAAUCUACAAAAUGGGAGAUGCAGGGUCCGACUUCAUUCGAAGUCGAUACAAAUUCCAAUUAUUCCAAAAAUUCCGAUUAUUAUUCUCAUCCGCGAGGCAUCAAUGAACUAUUUCCAAUACGGAGGAUAGCCAAAGGCUAUCGACAAUUGUCGAAUCCGAAUGUACGAAGAUUACUGAGCUCCGGAUGUGUGGCAUAUGCUCUCGCGGUGUUAUCAGACCCUGUUCGAAGCAGAGCAGGAGAUGCUUAUGCUAUGCCAGCGAAUGUGAUCAGGAUGAUUCGGUGAUUCGGUUGAGCUACCCAUUGGGUGUGGCUUCCAGCUUCCGAUCGGAUUGAUUUACACUUGCAAAUCAAACAAUCCAGUGCUCUGCUCUACUCGUACUUCGGGUGAACGCAUUCACUGUGUGGGAUCUACAAGUUGUACCCAUGGGUGGAUGUGUUUACUCGGGAAUAGCAUUAUGUCUUUACACAUUGUCGUGUUGUUAAGGGAAUGUCCAGACACCAGGCAGUCUGCUUAAAUUGCUUGCAUUACACAGCGGAAUUUAGUUAGAAAUGAAAUGUCUGUCAUCAUUUGGCCAUAAAUCCCAAAUCAGGUGAAAGUAAUCAUACAAAUUCACCCCGAUAUGAGGGCCAUCAAGCAAAUAUCGUGCAAAUGGUGGUCAUUAGUCCUCCAGGGGGUAGGGGCAGGGGCAAGGACGGUAGUAGAUGGUAUUGUAGUUGUAGUUGGGGCUGGAGCUGGAGCGGGGGUAUGGUAUGUGAUAUGAAGGUAAUUUUGAUUGAUUUCCCCAUUCGGUUUGGGGGAAAACCGACAGCAGUCCUGUCCUUAAUGACAGUCUUCCAAACUGCCCUCUGUCUGUCUCUACUCCACUCCACUCC